GUCUGAGCUUCGGGUUGGGCUGCGGCUGCGGCUGCUGCACUUCCAGCUUCUGAGGCCAGGAGGCCGAGGCCUGGGCCCAGCCCGGAGCCGCCGCUCGUCGGAGCCUCCUGGAGCCCCCGCGCAGGCUCAGCCUGGGGGCGGGCUCAGGCCCGGCCCGCCGCGGAACCCAGGACAGAGGCUGCAUGCCCGAGGACCAGGCCGGCGCAGCCAUGGAGGAGGCAUCUCCUUAUUCCUUACUUGAUAUCUGCUUGAAUUUCCUGACUACUCACCUUGAGAAGUUCUGCUCAGCAAGACAAGAUGGAACAUUGUGUCUGCAGGAACCUGGAGUAUUCCCACAGGAGGUGGCUGAUCGGCUACUUCAGACCAUGGCUUUUCAUGGUCUCCUGAAUGAUGCAACUGUAGGUAUUUUUAGGGGCAACCAGAUGCGCUUAAAACGAGCUUGCAUUCGCAAAGCCAAGAUCUCUGCUGUUGCUUUCCGGAAAGCCUUCUGCCACCACAAGUUAGUGGAACUUGAUGCCACAGGUGUGAAUGCUGACAUCACGAUUACAGACAUCAUCAGUGGGCUUGGCAGUAACAAAUGGAUCCAGCAAAAUCUCCAGUGCCUCGUGCUGAACUCAUUAACUCUCUCCCUCGAAGAUCCUUAUGAGCGGUGCUUUAGCCGACUUUCUGGCCUUCGAGCAUUAAGCAUCACCAAUGUUCUCUUUUACAAUGAAGACCUGGCUGAAGUUGCCUCAUUGCCAAGAUUAGAGAGCCUGGAUAUUUCUAACACCUCCAUCACAGACAUCACGGCUCUGCUGGCUUGCAAAGACCGACUCAAGUCUCUAACCAUGCAUCACUUGAAAUGUUUAAAAAUGACAACUACCCAGAUACUGGAUGUUGUUCGAGAACUAAGACAUCUGAAUCAUCUUGAUAUUUCGGAUGAUAAACAGUUUACAUCAGACAUAGCUCUUCGAUUACUAGAACAAAAGGACAUCCUGCCCAACCUCGUCUCCCUGGAUGUUUCUGGGAGGAAGCAUGUGACAGACAAAGCUGUUGAAGCUUUUAUUCAGCAACGGCCCAGCAUGCAGUUUGUAGGUUUGCUGGCUACUGAUGCUGGCUACUCUGAAUUCCUCACAGGCGAAGGACAUUUGAAGGUGUCUGGAGAAGCCAAUGAAACUCAGAUUGCAGAAGCACUGAAGAGGUACAGUGAACGGGCCUUCUUUGUCCGAGAAGCUCUAUUUCACCUUUUUAGCCUGACUCAUGUGAUGGAAAAAACAAAGCCAGAAAUUUUAAAGCUUGUGGUUACUGGGAUGAGAAACCACCCUAUGAAUUUGCCAGUGCAGCUUGCUGCAAGCGCCUGUGUGUUUAAUUUAACCAAGCAGGAUCUUGCUGCAGGAAUGCCUGUCCGACUCCUGGCCGAUGUGACCCAUUUGCUGCUCAAAGCCAUGGAACAUUUUCCCAACCACCAGCAGUUACAGAAGAAUUGCCUCCUUUCACUUUGCAGUGACCGAAUUCUUCAAGACGUUCCAUUCAACAGGUUUGAAGCAGCCAAGCUUGUCAUGCAGUGGCUCUGCAACCAUGAGGAUCAAAACAUGCAGAGGAUGGCAGUUGCUAUCAUUUCCAUUCUGGCUGCCAAGCUUUCUACAGAACAGACAGCCCAGCUUGGUGCUGAGCUCUUCAUCGUCAGGCAACUUCUUCAAAUAGUGAAGCAGAAAACCAAUCAAAAUUCAGUGGACACUACUUUGAAGUUUACUUUGAGUGCACUUUGGAACCUCACAGAUGAAUCUCCAACCACUUGCAGACACUUUAUUGAAAAUCAAGGGUUAGAACUCUUCAUGAGGGUUCUAGAGUCAUUCCCAACUGAGUCAUCCAUUCAACAGAAAGUCCUAGGACUUUUGAACAAUAUAGCUGAAGUACAAGAAUUGCAUUCUGAAUUAAUGUGGAAGGAUUUUAUAGACCACAUCAGUAGUCUUCUACAUAGUGUUGAAGUGGAAGUCAGUUACUUUGCAGCUGGAAUUAUUGCCCACUUAAUAUCUAGAGGUGAACAAGCUUGGACAUUGAGUCGCAGCCAGAGGAAUUCUCUCCUGGAUGAUCUGCAUUCAGCUAUUUUGAAAUGGCCAACUCCAGAGUGUGAGAUGGUAGCAUACAGGUCCUUUAAUCCAUUUUUCCCAUUACUUGGCUGUUUCACAACACCUGGAGUCCAGCUAUGGGCAGUUUGGGCCAUGCAACAUGUCUGCAGCAAGAAUCCCUCAAGGUACUGCAGCAUGCUGAUUGAGGAAGGAGGGUUGCAGCAUUUAUACAACAUCAAAGAACACGAACAGACUGAUCCCCACGUCCAGCAGAUUGCUGUGGCCAUUCUGGACAGCUUAGAAAAACACAUUGUACGCCAUGGGAGGCCACCUCCCUGUAAAAAGCAGUCCCAGGCCAGACUAAAUUGAUAGCCAUAGGUAAUUGGAUAGGAGUCACAGAAAUUCUUUUUGUGAUAAGUUCACUUGGAAUAGCUUACCCUCUGUGAUGUUUUAGGGGUUUCUAUGAUAAGAGUCAUAAGAUGAGUAUGGGAUUGACAAUGUAUAGUACUGCCCAUGUGAACAGUCUCUGAUUUGUCUUGUGAUUUUUAACUUAUUAGGCAAGAAGGGUCUCUUCCUUCAUCAUUGCCUUUUAGGAAGAUUUCCACAUCUUUCAGUGUUUGAACUUACCUGUGCUUAAAAUUCUACAGUUUUAUGAUGAAGUUUGCACGAACCCUUAGGCCAGACUUUUCUGAUUUUAAAGUCCCUUCCAAUCAAUUGGCAGCUUCAGAUAAGCUGUUAACUUGAUUGCUGGCACUGCUUCAGUUGUAAAUUUUAUACUGCUUCUGUAUAAAAUGCCUUUAUUCUCUGUUUGUGUAUCUUUUAUAAGAUGUCCUUCUUAGUGUGAAAGAAUGGAAAUCUGAGUCCUACCCUUGUGAAAGCUACUUACUGGCUAGUGCCAGGAUGGCUGGCAGAAAAUACAUUAAAAACUACUAAGGGAGAAUAGAGGUUAGGAACUGGGAAAAGGCCUGCUCUUGAGGUAUUUUUAAACUGGGACUGGCUAAUCUUCUGGAACCCACCUCUCCUAAGACAUUGAGCAGUAGCUUGUUCUUCAUAUUAAUUCUUGGAGACGUGUACUGCUGCUUCCUAUACAGAUUGCAGGUUACUCUCUAGAAAUAUUUCCCCAAGCUACCACGGUGUAAAAUAUUACAGCAUUCUGUGUUAGAGAUUAAUUAACUGUCUGAAUCUCUAUGUCAUAUUGUUGUGAAAAAAAUCGUCUCUUGCUAAAACUGACUGUUCUUUUCUCUCUAUUUCAAAGUCAUUUUGUUCUGUGGAAUAGAGACCAUAUAUGGUGUUACCUGCUCACUUAAAAUAAUAAUUAACAACAGUAAAUUUUGCCACAAGAAGUUAAUUUUCUUUUGUUUCAAAGUAUAUGUAUCUUAAUGUUUUCAUGUUAGGGAAAGAUAUCCACGUCUCACUGCCAAAAAUAAAUAAGAAUUAGAUGAUUGUUAAAUGUAAUGAUUCUAGUUGCAGUGCAGAAAAGGAAGUAUUUUGUGAUAGGUUGUUUUUUAGACAGUUUUCUUUUCUUUAGGAGAGUUGUUAUAGUAUAGUAAAGAAUCAAUUAUCAAUAAUGGCAGUUGGGAGGCAGCAAGUCACCAAGAGAGUUAUUUUCCAUUUUAAAUUUCAGUUUGUGAAUAAGGUUAACCUGCAGUCUUAGAUAACUGCAUUUUUUUCAUAGAUGGCCAAAAUGUUUUCAAUAGAGAUUUUAAAUGGUACAUUUAAAUCAUUGUGAUCAUUCAGAAGCAUUUUUAUUUAGAAAGGAGCUGGCUUAUUAGUAUGCUGUUAAUAUUUUGACAUACAUGUUUCAUACCACUAUCAGAAUAAUCAUACUUGAAUUAUUUGGUACUCCUUUACAGAAAUAAAAACUAAAAGAAAAUAGGUAUUUAGAAUCAUUAAAAACCAUUUUAAAUUGUGGGUUAAUUCUGAUUCAAGGAAUUUUUAUAGGUGUAAGAUAAAUUUUCACAGGUUAAAUAUUUCAGAGGAAAUGGAAAAUUCUUUUUAAAAUGUCCCCUUUUCCUGGGUUUUAAAUAUCUAAGGCAAAAUGUCAAAAAUAGGAUGUCCUACAAUAGCUUAGAAGUUGCUAGCUGUGUGGACCAUUUCCAGGUCUUCUGGCUUGCGUAGUUAAGGAACAGCCUAUUUGAGAAGUUUGGCUUCAAGUUUCUGUUGUAUCCUAUUUAAAAGAAAAGUACAUGCUCCGUGUAGGCAAAUUCUAGGUUUUUGUCUUUAUAAAUUGUUUUCAAAUAUGGCUAAAAAUGUAUGGAAAACAAUUAACCCCUUCAUUACUCAGAAUAACUUGUUGAUAGAUGAAGACUCAAAUGUAUUUAAAUUGAAAUUUACUACUUUGAGCACUGGUAAUGGCCAGAUACUUCUGAGUCUUAAAAGCAAGAUAAUUAGGCACAUCCCAGAUAGAUAAAAAUUUUAGUGCCUUUGUGAUUGGGAUGACUCUUAAAAUUGUGUAUCUAAUUAUGGCACAGAAUUGUCUAUAAGGUCUUAAAUCUGUCAGAUUUAAGACCUUAUAGACAAUUCUGUGCCAUAAUUAGAUACACAAUUUUAUAUAUAUAUAUAAAUUGAGGGCUUCCCUGGUGGCUCAGAUGGUAAAGAAUUUGCUUACAAUGCAGGAGACCUGGGUUUGAUCCCUGGGUUGGGAAGAUCCCCUGGAGAAGGAAAUGGCAACCUAUUCCUGUAUUCUUGCCUGAAGAAUUCCACAGACAGAGCAGCCUGGUAGGCUAUAGUGCAUGGGGUCGCAAAGAGUUGGACAUGACUGAGCAACUUUCACUCAUUCAUAUAUAAAUUAUGAGGUGUAACUGGCCUGUCUCUUAAGGUAGAAUCUGUUCGGCCUUCGGUUUGCAUUUGUACACUAGAAUGUAAUGGAACUUGGUGCCUUCAAGGGUUACCUCUUCAGUGGGUUAGGGGUGCUGUUUCAAGCACAAUUUAGACUAGGGUUGAACCACUUAUUGUUCAAAUCAUUGGUGCACUCAGAUAUUGCAAAUUAUCACUACGUCAGUCCACAAACAGCAAGGUUUAAACCUACUAAAGGAAAUGGAAUUAGACUUUUUAGACUAUAAUGAUGCAUGUUGUUAUCAAUGAGUAAAACAAGAGCAGUCUAAAAGCAAAAAUAAUUAAGGUAUAUCAUUCUUCCCAUCAAGUAAGUUUUGCUGUUCUCUUUAUACUCUAAAAAAUCAUUUUGUCCUUUUGUAGUUAAAAAGAAACAUAAAUCAAGUAGUAAUAAGUUACUUUACUCUCUGGCCAAAUACUCAGUGGCUACUGAUCUUGGUUGAGAAUUUAAAAAAUCGUAUCAGACUCACAGACCCAGGAAUUGACCUUAAGUGUUGCUGCUUCUCACUCCUGGACAGAAAUGCUAUUUAGUGGCACUAGUCAAUUUAAGUGAAUGACCCAGGUGGAGAUGAAUCCCACAAGGCAACUGUAGAAAUUUAAUUUCAUAUCUUUGGUUUGCAAGCUUCCAAAGAAUCAAGGAUUCAUGUUUUAAAACAUUGGUCCUGAAUAUCCAGCCUAGGAAGUUAAUCUUGCUGGCGGGACCUUUUGAGUUGGCCCUUUUUCUCCCCAGUCAUUUGGCUGUAUUUUAAAUUAUGCAUUGCUCAGGAUAGUAUUGGGCCAUCUUCUAGAUCUUUGGGACACAUUUUGAUGAAAACAUAUUUUGUUUCACUGUGUGCUGAAUUAGGGUAGAAUCAAUUAAUAAACCUUGGUUUUGGCUUAGUGCUUUAGAAUGUCUGACAUUCUUCCUCCCCCUGCGCUCUACCCCUUAGGAAACACUGUGCAGCAGUACCCAAGGUUGAAAAAGAGGUCACGAGUAGCCAGGAAAUAAACUUGCUGUAUUGUAUAUGUUGAAACCUACCCUUCUCCUGCCCUCUAAUAGUAUGUUUACAUUAUUUGGUUAUUGUGCAACUUUUAUCUUGAGAUAAACAGUAUUAAACUGAAGGUGUAAGUUAAAGGCAGUGUCAUACUGUCAGCUGAUGUGGGCAGUUUUAUCUGCAUGUUACUGUUUUGGGGACUUUAUAUGGCUAGGGUUUCCAAGUAGUGUUCUGAGACAACUUACAGAGAGGUUUGCAAACUUAUGGUUUCCCUCUGAAAUCCACUGUAGCGUUGGAUAUUGAGUAUUUAAACUUUACCAUCUGCUUUGUAUUGACACAUUUUUCAUUUUUUUGUGUUAACUCAUGAACUGUUUAUUUAAGUAAUAAUGCAAAUCCAAGCUUCAUCCAAUGAUGAAAAUAGCAGUAUGAUAGAAGAUUUUGCUGAGUGUGCUUAAAAUGCAUAAUGGCUUUAUCUUUUUUAGUAUUUCAUAGAUUUUGCAUGACAUGUACACUCCUAAUUAUGCAUUCUGUGGUUUCCAAAUCUUAACUGAAGACAUUCAGUGUUAACCUAAGAAAGAGCUUUCUCUGCCUGUUUUUACCCUCCCCCGGUGUUUUUAAUAAAUUAUGGGAAAAUCAAUGCUAUUUCUCGUUUUCUGGAUGAAGCAAAGCUCUACUGGAGAGCACAAUCUGACUGCAUAGCUAGACAGAAUGGCUGUUAAGAAUAUUUAGAAAAUCCAAAUAUAUCAAAUUAUGAGAAAUAAUAAAUAUUCAUUAAUAAUAUGUGCUUAAUUUUUGAAGUUACUUUGGAGAAUUGUUCAAAUUGGGUUCCUUUAAGCUUAUUUUAAUCAGCUUAGAAGCAAGAAGCUGCUUAGCUAAUGAAAGCUGUGACGUACUUCAUAAAAGCAGGAGAUUCUUGAGAGCAUUUAAUAAUGGGAGGAUGCUAUGUCAAGAUUUAUACUCUCAGAUAACCUGUAAGAAUAAAAUUUUAAAUCCCUGACUUUUGUAGCAUUCCCACUGUCAAAUUCUCACUGACUUGUGAGUGUGGAAAAAGGUAUCUUUUGCUUGAAUUCUGGUAGAAGAGUUCAACUCUUUUCAAAAGAUACGAAAAAUUCAUUGGAAAACAUGUAUACAUUUCAAAAUCUCUCAGUUAUCUGGACUGAAGGCACUGUUCUCACUGUGGCCAGAUGAAUGGGAGGGUCCUGUACCUGAAUCAUGCUAGAUAUUAAAUCAGGACAUCGUUAGGUAUUAAUGUUGUGUGUACAGAUUUUUGUUUGGGGUUGUUAUUAUUUUUUUUUUUUUUUUGCUUAAAUAAAUGUUACAAAUUUUA